AUGACUCUGAAAAUCCCACCACCACCUCCACCUCCUCGUCCCUCCGCUGCCCCCACCAACAACAAACCACCCUUCAAACCCAUCACCACCAAGCCCCACCCUCCAAAACCCAAAACCCACAUCACCAAUCCUCUUCAAACACUUAAAAGAAACCCAAUCAAGAAGCUCUGGUUAACCAGCAAACUCUCUCCCCCACCGCCACCUCCACCUCCGCCUCCACCAGCACCACCGCAACCACCGCCAGAAUCUUCUGCAUACAAAACUGAUUUGGAUGAAAUCGAGAAUAACAGUGAUUUGAGACCCACGCAAAUCGAGUACAUAGAUAAAAGGAAAAUCUUUGUGGGGAAUCUUCCAUGGUGGAUAAAAAAGAACGAGCUUGAAGAACUGUUCAGACAAUUUGGACCAAUAAAGAAAGUGAUAUCAAUAAAGCGUUACAAUGACACUGAAAGAAACAUGGGGUUUGGGUUUGUAAUAUAUGGAGGUACAACAACUGAAAAUUCAGCAAUGAAAGCAGUUGAGUUUGAUGGUAUGGAGUUUCAUGGGAGGGUGUUAACUGUAAAUCUUGAUGAUGGGAGACGAUUGAAGGAGAAAUCUGCAGAUAGGGCUAGGUGGAUUGAAGGUGAUGACACUGUAGAUUACAAGUCAAAAUGGGAAGAAGAGAGACAUGUUUCAAGAAAAGAUCUCAAAAACAUGUUAGGAACUCAACCAAAAAAUUGGCAAGCUAUUGUUAAAGCUUUUGAAAGGAUCAAAAAGCCUUCAAGAACAGAGUAUGGGUUGAUGAUUAACUAUUAUGCAAAGAAAGGUGACAUGCAUCGAGCAAGAGAAAUGUUUGAGAGCAUGAGGGGUAGGGGAAUUGAACCAAACUCACAUGUAUUUACCACCCUAAUUCACGCUUAUGCAGUAGGAGGAUUUGCUAGGGUUGAUAUAAAUGCUGCAGAUAAGUGGUUCAAGGAAGCCAAAGACAAGCUUACAACUUUGAAUGCAGUUAUAUAUGGAAACAUAAUUUAUGCACAUUGAUGAGUAUUCCUUUCUAAUUAUAUAUUUUAAAUAUGAAAAAAAAAAAUACUUUGUAACAUUCUGAAACACACACACACACAGCCAAGCCUUCAACAUGGAGGGUGCUAAAGCCUUGAUGAGGGAGAUGGAAGAAGAGGGCAUUGAUGCUAC